AUGUCUGUCAAAUCUGUUAGUUCCAACGAUGGCAAGGUCGAGAAUCCUGUUGAAAACAAUGAAGGUUUCCAAACCUCUCCGCUACAGGCGCUCGAUCCACAAGUAGCCCAACUGCCAACUUCAUCAAUGCAUGAGACUACCGAAACAUCUAACCAGCAUCAUCAAUCAGCUUCGUAUACGGCGAAUUCAGAAGAAUCCUCCAUAAAGUCGACUUCAGAAGAGGAGGACGACGUACCGCAACCAUUUCAAGGAAUCGAUUUAGAACAAGGUGACCCCAAGACUCGAGUAGUUGAUCAAGCCCUAGAUCAAGACUACCCCAUUGAAGGCGAUGAGUUGACCCGUUUAGAAACAAAUACCCAAUUAUCAAGAGACCUUUCGCGAAUGAUCACCAAUACUGCCGACAUUCUCGAUCAAGAUUAUGGUGAGAAGCUUUCACUUUCAAUGGGUGAAAAUAUACCUUUUCCGCCAAUGUUACCCGAUAGGAAUCCAUACUGUGUAGCAUUUGAUGGUGUGGACGACCCUUAUCAUCCUCAUAACCUUCCCAUUUAUAAAAAAGUCUUGUAUUGCACUUCAGUUGGGUUGGCUUCUUUGUCGGUGGCUAUGGGGUCGGCGAUGUUUUCCCAGGGGACAGCUGAGUUGAAAGAAAUUUAUCAUAUUGGAACAUCAGUUGCGGCAUUGGCUACUUCAUUGUUUGUGUUUGGUUUUGCUGCUGGUCCUGUUGUGUAUGGACCUUUAUCUGAAUUGUUUGGACGAAAGCCGAUUAUGGUAAUUUCUUGUCUUGGUUAUGUUAGUUUCCUGUUUGGUGUUGCUACGGCCAAAGAUUUGCAAACAAUCAUGUUGUGUCGAUUCUUUGCCGGGUUUGUUGGUGCUGCUCCUUUGGUUGUAGCUCCCGCUGUCAUGGUUGAUAUGUUCAAGGCGAGUAUUAGAGGUAUUGCCGUUGCGGUCUUUGCAUGUAUCUUAUUUGGAGGUCCUAUGUUGGCACCAAUUUUGGGUGGAUUUAUUGUAAAGAAUCAAAAUAUGGGUUAUCGUUGGACAUCCUACAUUUCUGCCUUGAUUGGAUGUUUGGCUUUGUUCUGUUGUACAUUUCUAUUGCAAGAGACACACCAUCCGGUUUUACUAGUGAGAAAAGCAGAGUUGUUGAGAAGAAAGACGGGUAAUUGGGGAAUCUUUGCCCCACACGAGGAAGUAUCCUUGAGCUUGAAUGAGAUUUUCAGGAACAAUAUCAUGAGACCUUUGAGGUUGUUAUUUACCGAGCCUAUUGUCUUUCUUGUCAGUAUUUACAAUGCUUUCAUCUAUGGUAUGCUUUAUGCAUUCUUGACAGUUAUUCCAUUGAUUUUCGGAACUAGGUACCAUUGGUCACAAGGUGUAAGUGAGUUGCCGUACUUGUCUAUGUUGCUUGGUGUAUUUUCAGGAGGAAUAAUUAUCAUUUGGUUUGAAAAAGUGCAUAGUCGAAAGCUUCUUGAACAGGGCAACAAGCCUACUCCAGAGGCGCGAUUACCACCAAUUAUGAUUGGAGGAUUUACCUUUGUCAUUGGAAUCUUUUGGUUGGGAUGGACCGGUGAUUAUGCCGAACAUGUGCACUGGAUCGUUCCAGUUAUUGGUGCAUUCUUUGUGGGAAAUGGCUUAAUGUUAAUCUUUUUGCCUACUAUGAACUACAUUAUCGAUUGCUAUUUAUACGUUGCUGCAUCAGCAUUGGCGGGUAACACCUUCAUUAGAUCAGGAUUCGGUGCCGCGUUCCCACUCUUCACAACGCAAAUGUUUACCAAUUUAACUAUAAAAUGGGCAGCCACAUUAUUGGGAUGUUUGGGUGCUUUGAUGAUCCCUGUGCCAUUCUUGUUCUACAAGUACGGUGCUCUAAUUAGAAGUAAAUCAAAGUACGCCAUGAAAUAA